UUUCCGCUUUCAAUUGUCAUAUUCGGGCAUGAAUUGAUAUAUCUUGUCGUUAAUUAGUAAACAGGUUGUAUUCAGAGUGACAUAAUUGCAAAACCAUUUCCAAUAAAGUCGUCUUUAUUUUCAUUUUCUCGCGUAGGAAUAAUUCGACCUCAAAAUACACAACAAUGUGAUCGUUGAAAACGAUUAAUUUGUGACAUUACUGCAAAGAUAACAUAUUUGUGUGUGGUUUACAUAAUUCAUUCUAAUGUUUUUCUUUUAAAAUUCAUGUUUUACUGUACGUGUAACUUCGGAUAUUUUGCCAAAAGAGCAUACAGAAGGAAUAUCGUAUGGAUUGCCCUCAUUUGGAAGAGUCAGCUCGAGUAACGACGCCCUUCGAAGUUGAUGCAAAAUCAGUGAAUAUCCCGUGCAAUUUACGAUGUGCAGUUUGCAAGACAGAACAGAAUCCCUGGAUAUGUAUGUCCUGUGGAAACAUAGGCUGUGGCAGGUAUGUGAGUGGCCAUGCGUUGAACCAUCAUGAGUCUAGGAGUGGACACUGUGUGUGUAUGGAUGCAGAAAGUUAUGCUGUGUACUGUUAUUCGUGUGAUGAAUAUGCCACCAAUGAUACUAAAUCUGGCCAUGUAGACUUAUUGAGGAAGAACCUACAGACAAUAAGAAGUGCACAGAACCAGUUACGUCAAAAGUCUCAGCGUCGGAGAUCCGACAGUUCCCAGUCUGAACCAGAAAAUGACAGGAAGCGACAAAAGAAAGAUGACAAGUUAAAAAAGAUCCGACCAAAGUCCUCUGGUCUCAGAAACCUUGGCAAUACAUGUUUUAUGAGUGCUGUUUUACAAUCACUGAGCAACAUCCAACAUUUCUGUGGUUAUAUCAAACAGUUGCCAUCCCUGGAUGACAAGAACAACAAAAUACGUAAAGUGGUUACACGAAAACAUUCAAGAGAUGGCACUGAUGAGGAUGUGUUGCUAGUUGAAGAAUUAAGAAAGACAUUAAUAGCUAUAUGGGAAGGUGGAAAGGCUGCUAUAUCACCCGAGUCAUUGCUUCAUGUCAUCUGGAAACUCGUGCCAAGAUUUAGAGGAUAUCAGCAACAAGAUGCACAUGAGUUUAUGAGGUACCUGUUAGACAGGCUUCAUACAGAGUUACUUGCCUUGUUGCCAUAUACAGCAACUAACAAUAAUAGUCCAUUUAUAGGUCCAAAAGGUAAAAGUACUAUAGUGACAGCCAUAUUUGGAGGUUUACUUCAGAGUGAAGUCAACUGUCUUAUAUGUGGUGUAGAAUCCAAGAAACACGAUCCUUUUCUAGACCUUUCAUUAGAUAUACCAGUUCAGUAUCACAACAUUAAAUCCUCAAAAGGCAAAGAGAAUAUAGACCAACCUGUGUGUGUAUUAGCAGAAUGUUUAACGCAUUUCACAGAGGUUGAAGAACUAGAGGAAACAGAAUUAUAUAUGUGUACAGGGUGUAAAAAGAAACAGCGUUCAACUAAAAAAUUCUGGAUACGCAGACUUCCAAAUGUAUUAUGUUUACAUUUGAAGAGAUUCAAGUGGGUGACGUCAUUUCGACAGAAGUUAGAGACUUAUAUAGAGUUUCCAUUAACAAAUCUCGAUAUGAACAAAUACAUUUUAGACAUGCAUGAAACCAGGGGAACAAGUGUAGGAAGUAACAUCUAUGAUUUGGCAGCAGUGAUUGUCCAUCAUGGAUCAGGGGCUGGAUCAGGUCACUAUACAGCCUAUGUUUUGAAUGAAGGGCAGUGGUACCAUUUCAAUGAUAGUUCAGUGACAGCAUGUGACCAAGAGACUGUUGCUAGAUGUAAAGCAUACAUCUUGUUCUACAUCAGACGGGAGAUACGCCUGCCAGACUAUCUCAACGUAUCCAAUGGCAAUGGCAGACCCGGUUCCCACAGCAGCGCAAGAAGCUGAGGCAGUGUUGAUGGAACCAAUUUUCAAAGACACAUAGAUGAAUUAAAUUGUCGACCUAGUUUUCAUUCUAUGUAGAGUUAACAUUGCUGUUCAUUUCACCAGCAAACUUUUUGUCUGCAAUUUAAUCAAGGGGAUACAAGUCUUGAGAUUAUUUUUCCAGCUGUCAUGACAGGUUGACACACUCUGGUGAUGUGUCGUGACCGGCAUAGUUCUGUACACACCACAAAAGCAUAGAACAUAUCUCCAGCCAAUUUCAGCAGUGUAAGCAAAAAUUGUGGUGUUUCCCCCGUACUUCAGCAUUUAGUAGUUUCCUUGUGACCAUGGGCAAGCACGUACUUCAUAAUCAAAAUAAUCUGUACUCUAGAAGUAGUACAUUUAUAAGGUAGAUACAAACUUUGUCACUAAAUGUUGUUUAUAGAAAAUACAUGGGAGAAACAGAACUAAGGAAGUGCAGUGGACAAUUUUACAAGAACAUGUUUAUACUGGAGAACUCUUAAUACGCAUACAUUCAAGAAAUCAAUUAAUACCCCAAUAAAGUGAUAAUGUAUAUUUCUAAUACAUACAAGAUGUUAACCAUGUUAGAGAUAGCAUAAUACUCAUCACAGUAUACUUAAUUGAACAAAAUAUGUCUGCGUUAUAAAAUAGAAUAAUAGAAUUUCAACCUCGUGCACAGAAAAUGUAGUGUGCGAUCAUGUGAAAUGAUAAAACAUAUUCUUUAAAUUCUGUCUUAAGACAGUCCAUAUGUCCCCUUUCGGUAAGAAAUGUCCUCAAUUUGAAAGGAUUACAGUUUGAUAAGAUUCGAUGUAAAGGAGGAGGAGGGUUUUCAGCCAAAGUCUUUCUUUUGUAAUUUUUGAUUGAAUGGAGAAUAAAUGUAGUUGAGAUGAUUAAAAAAAAUAUACUGUGAUUUACUGAUGAAAGAAAGUUUGAUAGACUGACUGAAGAAUGAAUGAAUUGAUGACGAGAAAUGUAAUGUUUAAUGUUUAUGUGAGUGAAGUAAAGGUGUUGUAUAGGGAAAAUAUGUGUUUUGUUGUAAGUUGUGUUGUAUUUAGCUCACCUAAACCAAAGGUUAGUAUAGUUGGAUGGUCCGUCGUCAACAUUUUUUCCUCGAACAUUCUUCUCUGAAACUGCUGGUCAGAUCUGCAUUAAACUUAAACUUUAGCACCCUGACAAGGUCCUCUCCCUCAUUAUUCAAAUAUAGGCACUUGGGCCUUUGUAGGGCUAAAAAUAGAAAUACCUUUAAGCAAUUUCUUCUCAUGAAGCACUUGAUGAACCUUCAUUAAACUUUGUUAGUAGCAUUCAUAUGCAGUUCUUUGUUAAAUUUCUUCUAAUGUGGGCACUUGGCCCCUUCAAGGGGCCACUAGAACUAAAAAUAGAAAUGUAUUUUAAUGACUUUUUCCCUUAACCUGCUUGGUGGAUCUUCAUUAAACUUCUGUCUGUAACAUCUUGUAAGGUUUUCUCACAAAUUUGUUUGAAAUAGGGGCACUUGACCUGUUCUAUGUCUUUACACUCAACAUAGAUUUUACCAUUCAUGAUCCAGUGUGUUGUACAUUUAGUCAAAGUUAAGAUGAGCGACUUGCGGCCACUAUGGCCCUCUUGAUUUUUUGUGAAAAAAAAAAAUCUUAAAAUUAGUGCGGAUUAUGAUUGUCUAUACUAUUUGUAAUGGGGCCUUUUUAUAUCAACUGGCUAAAAGUCAUAAAUUUAGACUUAAUUUUUCUAGGUUACUUUGACAAUAUACAUGUAAAUGCAGCCUAGCAGCAAGAUUUAUCCUUCCGAGAGCUAUUAAAAUUGGCAAAGAAUAGUAGCGUCAUGAGGUAUAUUUCAGCCUUUUCUUUUGUUGGAACAUUGAUCAGUGAACCAUAGGGAGAGAGGAUACGGUCGGGGUAUUGUGUGGUAGUAAUAUAUGAAAUGAAGUGUACAUACGUGUCCAGCAUACUUGUGCGCUUUUUCAGUUGCUUCAUUACUGCAAGAGAGAUAUUGACUUGAGAGAAAUUGGUAUAGACACUUUGUACAAGAUAGAAAAAGUAAUUGGCAGUUCUGGAAGUUUCAUAAUGUGCUUUCUGUUUGUUUUGAGUUAUUUAUGUUUACAACAUGUUUGUGCUAGUUUACUUUUUUUUUUAGCUCAUGAGGGUUCACAGUGAGCUUGUAGUAUAGAGCCAGGAUUAGUUACAGUUGCCCCUUGUACAUUAUCAACGUUUUACUAUAAACAACUUCUCCUUUGAACCACUUGACUGCAUUUAUAGGUUGCCAGAGUUAACCCUUACCCUGCUAAAUUUCUAUAAUGAACUUAUCCUUCUUUCAAUUUGGACAGUACCAUUAACAGUUAAAAGGGGUGCAUACCAAAAAGAUACUGACUGAAUGGCGAACACUCCUGGUCAUGAUUAGACUGCAUGGGUGUGCAGGCUGAUCAUGACCUGCACUGGUUGCAAAGGCACAAUCAGUUGUGUCCAGCAUGGUAAGGGUUAAAUGUAACUAAUUUAAUAGAUGCUCACCAAACUUAUUCAAGGUCAAGGUCAGAUGUUCCACUUAAGGCUUCCCAGGACUUGUGGUUUGUGUGUUUAGUUUUAUUAUUAUUUUGUUGUUAGGCUAUACCAAGUUUAUCUGUUUAAAUUAUUAACAGAAAAUUAAAAAAUUGAAUUGGUAUAUUGUGUAAGAAAAUAAGUUCAGGGGUUGGAAGUAAGUUUUCUGUUGAUGUAUUUUUUCAUUUCACUGAAUAUUUUUUUUUAGAUGAAUAACUUUUUUAGAGCACACAGAUGAAACAUUUAAUAAAAAUCGGAUUUUCAACCAGUAUGUAUUGUGAAAUUUAAAAGGUGUUGAAUAGAGCAGUCAUUGCUUAAUGAACUAACCAAAGAAAAGAAAUAUCACCGAAUAUUUUUAUGUAUUCUGUAAUUUUGGUAGAAAUACUUUUCAAAAGCUAGUGUUUGUAUAAUAUUUUAUUGUAGUAUGAAUUUUGAUAAUGAUGUUUACCUUUUGUAGAUCGAGACGGAAUUUUGUAUUGAUAGGCCUGUUUUCUUUUGGGACAUUAAGUGUACAGGGGUGUCGAAACAGGCUAUACAGGCUGUAGCCUAGUUUUGAAAACAUUUAACCUUUAUCCUGAUAAAUUUCUAAAAUGGACUGGUCCAUCAUUCGAUUUGGGCAGUACCACUUCUUAUUCAAAGGGGUGUUCACUGAAAAUUUACUGACUAAAUAGCGAACAGUGAAGACCAUGAUUUGCCUGCAGGGAUGUGCGGGCUGAUCAUGGUCUGCACUGGUAGCAAAGGCAGAACGCAUGCUGCCAGCAGGCUAAAGGUUAAACUAUAUAUAGCUGUUUCUUUCAUGCCUUCAGAUUGUGUAUAAAACACCUAAAUAAUUGUAAAGUGCUUUGUAGUUUUUAGCAGUGACAGUCCACUAUAACCUUUCAAUGAUCUCGUAGUGUUUGAUGAAAGUAUGGCGGAAAAGUAGAAGUUGUUCUGUAUUAGGCCGUGGUUAUUAAUUUGUGAUCAGAUUAUCAGAGUUGUAUGCGAACUUUUAAAAGUGUGAAACUGUAACUUUGUAAUUUAGCUAUCAUUCCGAAACUUUACACAACAGUAUCCAGUGUUAGUCCCAUCUUCUCUUUUUAGCCCACCAUCAUCAGAUGGUGGGCUAUUCAAAUCACUCUGCGUCCGUGGUCCGUCGUCCUUCCGUCCGUCCGUCCGUCCGUCAGUCCGUCCUUCCGUCCGUUAACAAUUUCUCGUUAUCGCAUCUCCUCAGAAACUACCGGGGGGAUUUUAACCAAACUUUGUCAGAAUGAUGUAUUGGUACCCUAGUUGUGUCCCCCUGAAAAUCAGACUGGUUCAACAAUUUUUUAGUGAGUUAUGGCCCUUUGUUUAUUUCUAUAAUUUACAUAGAUUUAUAUAGGGAAAAACUUUGAAAAUCUUCUUGUCCAAAACCACAGAGCCUAGGGCUUUGAUAUUUGGUAUGAAGCAUCAUCUAGUGGUCCUCUACCAAGAUGAUUCAAAUUAUUUCCUUGGGGUCUAAUAUGGCCCCGCCCCCGGGGUUCACAUGGUUUAUAUAGACUUAUAUAGGGAAAAACUUUGAAAAACCUCUUGUUCAAAACCACAUAGCCUAGGGCUUUGAUAUUUUGUAUAUGACAUCAUCUAGUGGUCUUCUACUAAGAUUGUUCAAAUUAUCCCCCUAGGGUCAAAUAUGGCCCCGCCCCAGGGGUCACAUGGUUUACAUAGACUUAUAUAGGGAAAAACUUUGAAAAUCUUCUAGUCCAAACCACAAAGCCUAGGGCUUUGGCAUUUGUAAUGUAACAUCAUCUAGUGGUUCUCUACCAAGUUUGUUCAAAUCAUCCCCCUAGGGUCAAAUAUGGCCCCGCCCUGGGGGGUCACAUGGUUCAUAUAGACUUAUAUAGGGAAAAGAUUUUAUAAUCUUGUCAGUAACCUACAACAUUCAAAUUUGGACCACUUGUAUGGUUUUGAGUGGCAAGAUGAACCUUGACAUGAGUUGACCUUGAUUUUGACCUAGUGACCUACUUUCACAUUUCUGUAGCUACUGCCUUCAAAUUUGGACCACAUGCAUAGUUUUGUGCACUGAAACAAACUUUGACCUUGACAUUGACCUAGUGACCUACUUUCACAUUUUUGAAGGUACAGGCUUCAAAUUUGGACCACAUGCAUAGUUUCGUGUUCUGAAAUGGAAUUUGACCUUGAUUUUGACCUACUGACCUACUUUCACAUUUCUCAAGUUACAGCCUUCAAAUUUGGACCACAUGCAUAGUUUUGUGUACCGAAACAAACUUUGACCUUUACAUUGACCUAGUGACCUACUUUCACAUUUUUGAAGGUACAGGCUUCAAAUUUGGAACACAUGCUUAGUUCUGUGUUCCGAAAUAAAAUUUGACCUUGAUUUUGACCUAGUGACCUACUUUCACAUUUCUCAAGAUACAGCCUUCAAAUUUGGACCACUUGCAUAGUUUUGUGUACCGAAAUGAACUUUGACCUUAAGAUUGAUCUAGUGGCCUACUUUCACAUUUCUGUAGCUACAGGCUUCAAAUUUAGACCACAUGCAUAGGAUUGUGUACCGAAACAAACUUUGACCUUGACAUUGACCUAGUGACCUACUUUCACAUUUUUGAAGGUACAGGCUUUAAAUUUGGACCACAUGCAUAAAUUUGUGUUCUGAAGUGUAAUUUGACCUUGAUUUUGACCUAGUGACCUACUUUCACAUUUCGUCCUUGAAAUUGAUCUAGUGACCUACUUUCACAUUUCUCAAGCUACAGCUUUCGAAUUUGGACCACAUGCAGACUGUUGUGUACGGAAAUGAAAUUUGACCUUGAGCUAGUCAGUAAGUCUUGAAAUUUGGAACACUCAAAAAUGGCACAUUGGUGGGCGCCAAGAUCACUCUGUGAUCUCUUGUUUUUUACUGAAUUAAUGAAAAUAAUAAAGAAAGAUAAAUAUUUUUAAAUGAAAAUUUGGUUGUGUGUAAGAAUGUAAUAAGGACAUUUAUUACAUGUUUUUCAGUAGGUUACUAAACUGUUGGAGAAAAAUAUGUCUAGCUUUGCAUAAAAAAAAAACAGACCCAAGGACAUAGUUCCUACUUUAUCAAGUCUGGUCUGAAGACAACUUACAAAAACCCUGACCUCAGUCUUGAAAUUAACCAAUGAUAAGGUCUGUGACAGCUCUUAACCCUUGCCCUGCUAAAUUUCUAUAAUAAACCUGUCCAUCUUUCAAUUCAGACAGUACCAUUAACUGUUCAAAGGGUCACUUACCAAAAAGAUACUGACUGAAUGGCAAACAGUUCAGAUCUUGAUCAGACUGUACAGAUGUGCAGGCUGAUCAUGGUCUACACUGGUCACAAAGGCAGAAUCAAUCGUGUCCACUGUCCAGCAUCUUAAGGGUAAAGAAUUUUAGUUAUGUACAUAUAUAGUGAAUAAAGCAAUGGCAGAUUGUUUGAUGUUAAGGCUGCUGUCAUUGUAGCCCUUUCCUAUUGCUUUUUAAUUUCAUACGAAGGCCUUUUUUGUCUGAACAGGUUUUCAGUUGUUACUUAUAGAACAAGUAAAUGUAUAUAUUAAUAUUUGCUUACAUUUUUAGCUCGACUAUUUGUAGAAUAGGGGAGCUAUCCUACUUGCCCCGGCAUCGGCGUCAGCGUGAGCGUCACACAAACGUUAAAGUUUGCGUACCACCUCAAAUAUUUUCAAAGUCCAUUGAGAUAUUGCUUUGAUAUUUUGCAUAUUUGUUUAUCAUCAUGUCCCCAGUCUGUUUAAGGAGGAGGCAACUCUAUCAAGCAUUUUGACUGAAUUAUGGCCCCUUUUUGACUUAGAAUAUGCUUAUUGUAAUGUUAAAGUUUGCGUACCACCCCAAAUAUUUUCAAGUCCAUUGAGAUAUUGCUUUGAUAUUUUGCAUACUUGUUUACCAUCAUGACUUCAGUCUGUAAACAGGAGGAGGCAACUCUGGUCAAGCAUUUUGACUGAAUUAUGGCCCCUUUUCUACUUAGAAUAUGCUUAUUGUAAUGUUAAAGUUUGCGUACCACCUAAAAUAUUUUCAAAGUCCAUUGAGAUAUUGCUUUGAUAUUUUGCAUACUUGUUUACCAUCAUGACCCCAGACUGUAAAAAGGAGGAGGCAACUCUAUCAAGCAUUUUGACUGAAUUAUGGCCCCUUUUCGACUUAGAAUAUGCUUAUUGUAAUGUUAAAGUUUGCGUACCACCCCAAAUAUUUUCAAAGUCCAUUGAGAUAUUGCUUUGAUAUUUUGCAUACGUGUUUACCAUCAUGACCCCAGUCUAUAAAAAGGAGGAGGCAACUCUAUCAAGCAUUUUGACUGAAUUAUGGCCCCUUUUCGACUUAGAAUAUGCUUAUUGUGAUGUUAAAGUUUUACUCAUUAUACUAUCAAGCACUGAGAAUAGUCGAGCACGCUGUCCACUGACAGCUCUUGUUAAACUUGCCUCUAGGCAAAUGGUAGUUGGUUUCUAAGAGAUUAAUUGUUCAGUUUUGUUUUUUCUCCUGAGUUUUUAUGCCUUUAUACAUCUGUUAGUACAGAUUUGUUUGAUUUGAGAUAUCUCCUCAUGCAGAUGAAAUGAUUGAUAAUGUUCUGAAAAUCAUAGAAAUGCCAGUAAUAUCAGUAUAGUAGAGAGGCCUAAUUGGUAAACUAAUGGGAGUUAAUAUUUACAGGCUCAACGCUUUUCGGCAGUUGGCAGCUAUUUAUUCUCAUUUAUAGCAAAAAAAAUUAACUAGAGGUAUUUUUCUUUAAGACUCCAUUCUUUGAGUGAUUUUGAGAACAUUUGCAGGUUGAACUCUUAUACAGAGAAAAAAAAUUCUACCUAGUCUUCAUAAUGUGAUAUAGAAGAGCAACAAUUUUCUGUACACUUAGGUAUUAUGUCAAAUCAUCAGUUUUACAAAAAAAAAUUAGUUUAUUGGAAGUCAUUAUGUACUACACUGACUGCAACAAUUUACACAGAAAUUUGUUAGGUGCUUACAAGUAGAGAGGCUUGCCUCUGUAAUGUUUUUGCGAGGAUCAUUUGUGUUACCAUUUUGUGUAAGCAUUUGUAUGACUGUUGUUUUUGCUUGUGACUAAAUGUCAGACAUAGAGAGCUGGAAACUGUGUUUCCUUUUACUGUUAAUAAAUUGAUUCAUUGUC